GUCAAUCCAGCAGACUCGAUGGAAAUCCAAGCCGCCUUCCCAAUUGGGUUCGACUUCACGAACGUCUACCUCAAUUCCAUCGGCACAGAUGAUGGCAACAAGCCGCCUAAUGUGGGUCGCCGCUUGCUCUGGCAAGGCUUCACAAGUGGAAUAGAGCUUCGCGAUGGCUACCGCGAUACUUGUGAGUUAAGGGUAAACUUCGACAAGAACGAGUACGUCCGUUUCGAGUUGGGCGGUAUCCUGAUUCCCUGGACGGGCGGGCAGGCACUCUUCAACAUGCACACCAGCAUUGGAGGCUUUCGGCAGGAUGAGAUCGAACUUUGCUGCCACGAGGGAGAGCCGCCGGAGAACCCUGCAUCGGUCUUCAAGGUGCCAUAUCGACUGCAAGGUCUUCGCGGUGUACUCAUGAACGAGUGGAUGCAACAGGCGUUUCUGUAUCCCAUCGCCUCCAGCAUGAAGACGAGGUUGGGAGAAGAGCAUCUGGUGUCCUUCACCUUCAUGCUGGCCUCAGAGAUCGUUCUUCCACCGAGGGCGAGCGUGAUCCGCGUCAUCGUUCGUGCACCCCUCGGCUAUGGC